CUAAAAAGGUUAAGUUGUGGAUACGAUAUAGCUGUUUCAUAGGUAUAUAUUUCAUAAUUUUUACAACUGUUGCACAAUGAGCACUCGUACCACACGUCGUAGUGCUCGUCGUAGUAAGGUAUUAACUGUAAAAGCAGAUCCAGACAAUGGAAAAGUGACCCCUUCUGCUACAAAUGCUACAGUUGCCUCAAAACGAAAAAACGUUGCCGUUGUAAAGACUACUGCGUUAAAAACCAAGAAAAUUAAAAAGGAAGUAAAAGUUGUCACAAAUGAUCAAGUUGUGACAAAGGUUAUUAAAUUUAAAGGCAAAGUCCCUGUUGACGAUUAUUGUGUUGAAUGCAAGGAUGGAUACCAUGUAUUUGUGUGCGGGGAUACUGUGUAUAAUGCUAUGCUGAAUCAAACCAAUAUUGGGCAGAAUAAUAAUAAAUAUUAUUUGCUGCAAGUUUUGAAAAGUAAUAUUGGGGCAGAGUUCUGCGUUUGGUUUAGAUGGGGUAGGGUGGGCAAAGUUGCUGGCACUAAUCUGCAGAAGGUGACAUGCGAAAAAGCUGUUCAACUGUUUGAGAAAAAGUUUAAAGACAAAACCUCCAAUUUUUGGGAAAAUCGGGGACAUUUUGAAAAGGUGCAUGGAAAAUAUGAUUUGCUUGAAAUGGAUUUCGGUAAUGAGGAUAAAGAAACUGCAAAACCUAAUGUGGAUGCAAAGAAAAUUAAAUCUAAGUUGAAUAACCGUGUUAAAGAGGUUAUGGAGUUAAUUUUUAACAUGAACGAAUUUGAAGAGAGCGUAAAAGAGAUGAAGUUUGACGUAAAAAAGGCCCCACUUGGUAAAUUGACAGAAAAGCAAAUUAAAUCUGGGUACGAGUCCUUAAAAUACAUUGAGGAAUGCUUGCAGAGGAACAAGGCUGGCCGUGACUUGGUGGAGGCUUGUAGUGAGUUUUAUACAAGGAUUCCUCAUGACUUUGGAAUGAAAUGCCCACCUCUUGUUAGAUCUGUGCAUGAGUUGAAAGAAAAACUGGAAUUAUUGAGUGCGUUGUCUGAUAUCCAGAUUGCAAUUAAGAUUAUGGAUGAGGCUGAAGGUUCUGGUUUGAAGGAAAAUCCUUUUGACCUUCGUUAUAAAUCAUUACAAUGUGAGAUGAAACCAUUACCGAAGACCUCUAAGAACUUUAAACUAGUCCAGGAAUAUGUUAAAAACACUCACGCUGCUACGCAUAUGAAUUAUGAACUUUCAAUUGAAGAUGUGUUCACUCUUGCAAAGGAAAAUGAUAAAAACUUCACAAAGGAUAUUGGUAAUCGUGUUUUAUUAUGGCAUGGGUCUCGACUUACAAAUUGGUGCGGGAUUUUAAAGAAUGGGUUAAGAAUUGCUCCACCUGAGGCCCCAGUGACUGGUCAUAUGUUUGGGAAGGGAAUCUACUUUGCAGAUAUGGUUUCAAAGUCAGCUAAUUAUUGUUAUGCAACACAUAGGCAACCUAAAGCAUUUCUACUACUGUGUGAAGUAGCACUUGGUGAAUCUAACAACCUGCUACAGGCUGACUAUAAUGCAAAUAAGCUGCCUAAGGGGAAGCACAGUGUAAAGGGCCUUGGUAAGACACAGCCAGAUCCAAGUAAAAGCAAAUACACUGAUGAUGGUGUUCUUGUGCCUUGUGGUUUGCCUGUAUCUGAAGAGGGCUCAAAAAACUCUGCUUUGCUCUAUAAUGAGUUUGUUGUUUAUUCUGCCAAGCAAGUGAGGCCACGGUUUCUAGUUAAACUAAAUUUCAACUUUACCCAAAGUUGGUAAGA